AUGGCAGUCGAUGGGCUUCGCGGCCCCGAUCAUGCAUACAGACAAUAUCAGUGGUGGGAUAUUCAAGAUCUGCAACAUUGGCACGACAAAACUAAUGAGGUUGUGAUGGUGCUCGACGCUAACGCGAAAGUCCUGAGGGCCUUGUGCAGGUUCUACUCAAACCUGAUUGCCCGCAAGGACUUUCCUGAUGCCCUGAAGACGUCUUGUGAAGAGCACCUUGCCGCCUUCAUAUCCCAGCUCAACGAGAUCUCUGCGGACUUCGACAUGCAACUAGCCCGAGCAAAGCUUCUAGCGAACAUCAUAAGCGAUAGAAAGCAGCUUGUAUUGCAGCAUCUGCAGAGUCAAGUCUCGGACCGAACGGAACAGCUGAACAAGAAUCUCGAACGGGAGACGGUUGUCAUGCGGAUCAUCACCAUUCUGACUCUGAUCUAUCUUCCGGCUACUUUUGUCUCAACGUUUUUCAGCACCGACAUUGUCAAGUACCAAGACCAGAACCGUGAAUCUGCUAGUUACGACAAUGGCUCUUUUUCGAACCUCGCCUUGAAGCGAUGGCUCCAAGUUACCAUACCACUGACUGCUCUUACGCUGUUUGGUGCAUGGUUGACCUUCCGUUUCUAUAGCGUAUCGGCAAAGAACUCGACAUUUCUCGAGCGCCUGAAACGUGCAGUACUGAGUACCACGCCCGCAGAAGCAGGUACCUAUGUGCAAAUGCCAUCCGGCGAUCGCCCUGGCACGACUAAUGCUACCAACGAAGGCUCAGUCAAGCGGAUGGGGGCUUCAAUAUCUCGUUUCGCUUCAGGUGUACACAAGUUCGGAAAUAGUCGUGCUGUCCUCCCUCGAUAUGAAGGUAGUGGAGCUAAACAUGGUUGA